GCGAGGGCCAACUCCAUGAUCAGUAGGCUGAGCAAAAAGGGUCGAAUUCUUGAAGCACAGGAACUGUUUGAUAAAAUGCCUGACCCAGAUGUUAUUUCGUGGACGGCUUUGAUUACUGGGUAUGUGAAAUGUGGCAUGAUUGAUGAAGCAAGAGAUUUGUUUGACAGAGUUGAUGUUAAGAAAAAUGUGGUAACUUGGACAGCGAUGAUUAAUGGCUUUGUGAAAACGAGGAGGAUUAUGGAGGCAGAGAGGCUAUUUAAUGAAAUGCCUGAAAAAAAUGUUGUUUCUUGGAAUACUAUGAUCGAUGGCUAUGUGAAAUGUGGUAGACUUGAUAGAGCUUUGGGGUUGUUUGAGAGGAUGGACGAGCGGAAUGUGGUUUCUUGGAAUAUAGUCAUUGCGGGGUUAAUUCAGUAUGGUAGAAUUGAGGAGGCCAGGGAGAUUUUUAAUAGGAUGCCAGAAAGGAAUUUGAUUUCUUGGACUUCUAUGGUUGCAGGUUUGUCAAGGAAUGGGAGAGUGGAUGAAGCUAAGUUGUUGUUUGAGAGGAUGCCUGAGAGGAAUGUUGUUUCAUGGAAUGCAAUGAUUACUGGUUAUGCACAGAAUUCAAGGUUGAAUGAAGCUUUUGAUUUGUUUGAGAGGAUGCCAGUGAAGGAUGUCACAUCAUGGAAUACAAUGACAACAGGCUUUAUCCAAAAUGGAGAUUUGGCAAUGGCAAAUAGGCUGUUUAAUGAAAUACCCGAAAAGAAUGUUGUAUCAUGGACUGUGAUGAUCAAUGCACAUGUGCAAGGUGGUCAAAGUGAGGAGGCAUUGAGGAUUUUCAUUGAUAUGCUUGCACAUAGUGGGGUUAGGCCUAAUGAAGGAACUUUUGUAAGUGUCUUGGUUGCUUGUGGUGACUUGGCUUCUCUUGCUGAGGGAAGGCAAAUUCACCAGCUAAUUAGCAAGACUGUUUAUCAGAAGUGCGAUUUUAUCAUUUCAGCACUUAUAAGUAUGUACUCCAAAUGUGGAGAGUUAUUAACAGCUAGGAAGGUCUUUAAUGAUGGGAUAAGAGGGCAGAGGGAUUUGGUCUCUUGGAAUGGUAUCAUCACAGCCUAUGCUCACCAUGGACACGGUAAAGAGGUAAUAAAAUUGUUUCACGAAAUGCAAAAUAUGGGACUGAAUCCAAAUGAUGUGACGUAUGUGGGAUUGCUUACUGCUUGCAGCCAUGCUGGUCUAGUGGAGGAGGGUUUCAGAUAUCUUGAUAUGCUUGUGAAUGACAGGUCCAUAAAAUUGAGAGAAGAUCAUUAUACAUGCUUCAUUGAUCUGUGUGUUCGAGCUGGGAGGUUCAAGGAGGCCUCUAACUUCAUCAAGCAGCUUCCUAGCAAGGCAUCCCAAUAUGCUUGGGGAUCUUUUCUUGCUGCAUGUAAUGUUCAUGGGGAUGCAGUUAUAGGAAAACUGGCUGCACAAAAACUUUUAGAGGCAGAACCAGAAAAUGCUGGUUCUUUUGCACUGCUAUCUAACAUAUAUGCUGGCAGCGGGAGAUGGAGAGAAGCUGCAGAACUCAGGAUGAUUAUGAAGGAUCAGGGGCUCAAAAAACAGCCUGGUUGCAGCUGGAUUCAAGUUGGCAACGGAAUACAUCUUUUUGUUGUAGGCGAUAAAUCUCAUAGUGAAACUGAGCAAAUAUAUACUUUAAUUGGAAAUCUUCAUUCAAAAAUGAAGAAAGAUGGUACAAUUUCAGAAAUCCUAGUAUAAUAGAAGACAGUGUAUCUAUUAAUGGAAAUUUUGGAGUAUUAAUGGUUCAUGUAGGUAUGUACUGCAUGGAGUUGAAGAAAGAAUGGUUGACGUAAUGAUUUUCAAUUUUCCUGUGUAUGUUGUGUUAUGUUAGGUUUAACUAUCAAAGGAUUGAAGGUUGAUGAAGCUUUCAGUUUGUUGAGAAGAUGCCAUAGAAGGAUGUUUCAUCAUGGACAGGAGUGAUUGAAGGCUUAACCAGAAUGGAGAUUUAAGGAGAGAAAUGUUGUUGUUCAAAGAAAUACCAGAGAAGAAUGCUGGAUUUUGGACCACAAUGAACAAUGGGCAUGUGCAAGGUGGUCAAAGUGAUAAGGAAUUGAGGAAUUUCUUUGCAGGUGUUAAAAUCAUGCAAGGCCUACUCUAAGAAUUUUUUUUGUUGCUUGUACUGGCUUAGCUUGUCUUGGUGAGGAAGAUAAGGUCACCAAUAGUUAGCAUGACAGUUUCCAGAAGAGAUAUUUUGUAUAAAUGCAAUUACAGCCAAGGAUGAAGCUGCACAGCGAAGGAUGACACUGAAGGACCUUGUGCUGAAAAAACAACA